AUGGUAGAAGAACAUCAACAAAUUGAAAACUUACCGGUAGAACAGCCACGUUGGAUUGGUGGUAGCACAUUAGUACGUCAAUUCGAAGAUUUCUACGAUCUUGACGAACCCAUCAAUCACGGACAAUUUGCUGAUGUAUACACAUGUAGACUAAAAAAUCGUCAAGCAAUACGAGCUGUUAAAUGUAUUCCAAAACGUGGCAAACGGAAAACACCCAUCAAAAAUGCUUCAAUCAUUAUACAACUUGAUCAUCAGAAUUUGGUUGUUAUUCGAGAAAUUUUGGAAUCACCAACACAUAUUUAUAUCGUUCAAGAUUUUGUUGAUGGACCAAAUCUUUUUCAAAAAAUUGCUCAAACGGAAGUUCAUACAGAAUUCAAUAUAUCAAAAUAUUGCUCGCAAAUAUUAAGAGCACUUCAAUAUUUGCAUGAGCGUAAAAUCUAUCAUGGAAGAAUUCAUGUUGAAAAUGUAUUAUUUCGUACCAUUGACAAUGAAGAAAAAGUAUGUCUCGUUGAUUAUACUUAUUCAAAUUUAUGUACACGUCAAGCAAUUGCUAUUCUUGUUAAUGAUUCACCAAUCUUUUGUGCGCCGGAAAUUUUACGCGGUGAAACAUUUUCUGCCUCAUCGGAUAUGUGGCAAUUGGGAAUACUGCUCUAUCUUUGUCUGUCGGGUUCAUAUCCAUUUGCUGGUUCAGCAAAACAAAUUUUUCAAAAAAUUCUCAAUGGUAAGAUUGGCUAUGAUGCACCAGAAUGGGAUUGCAUAUCAAGUAACGGAAAAGCUUUUAUUAGUAAUAUCUUCCAAGUAAAUGUUCAAGAUCGACUUACAGUUCUUCAAGCAUUAUCUCAACCAUGGAUCCGUGAAAAAGUUUAUCAUGCAGACAAUUUAUCUCAAGCACGAACAAAUAUUAUGGCUUUGGAAACAGGAAAAAAAUAG